GUACACCAACGGUCGUAAGUACUUCCGGCGGGUCAGCGUUGCCUCUCAGAAAAGUUACUGUUUCCCCGCGGACUUUUACACAAACUUCAAAUACCAUCAUAUUUCUCGUGCGGAGAGACAACGUGUGCCAGAAUGCUUUAACACAAACAGCUAUCUGCUAAAACGUGCCAGAAAUCCCUCAGACUGUGUGCGCCGCUCGGGAGCGCGCUCGAGAGAGAGAGAGAGAGAGGAAGCAGUAUUCAACCAUCUUUCCUCUGCUGGCAAUAACAAGAACAGAGAAGGGUCCAAGUGGGGCUACACUUCUCAAAUUAAGCCCCCUUUCACCUUAAUCAUACACGCAGCCGUGAGGUUGGACCUUUCCGACCGAGACCGAAGAAUAUAAAGCGUCCACGCCAGGGAUCGUAGCAUUAGUAGAUUAGCUAUUUGAUUUAGUAUUUCUUUUUUCAUGUUUCCAACAGGUUUACCUUCCCCUAAUCCCCCACCGCCAGCCCAAGAGCCCAGACCGGCAGCUUCUGAUGUUCACAACGAUAGCAGCUUAACGUCUUCAAAGAAGAGAAAAAUCAACAGCUCCGAGAAAGAAGACAUUGAUUCAAUAUCUUCGUCUCCGAAAGCCAUUUGCAAUUCAUCCACCACCACGUCCUGCUCUUCCACUACUUCACAGCAACACAGCAAGAAGUUGAGAUUUGAGGACCCGCUGGAUUUGAUCGGGCUGGAUGUGAAGAUGGCCGAGGACUCGAGUAAUCCUUCUGCAUCUUGUUCAAAGGCAAAAAACGUGUUCCUGGCCGGAGGUGUAGGGCAUCAUGCAAACGGACUCACCAAGUCUGCAGGCUCCGCUACCUUCUCCAACAGUAAACCCGGUGCUGCGAAGAAACUUGUUAUCAAGAACUUCAAAGAAAAGCCAAAAUUACCAGAGAAUUACACAAAUGAGACCUGGCAGAAACUAAAGGAAGCAGUGGAGGCCAUACAGAACAGCACUUCAAUAAAAUACAAUCUUGAGGAGCUUUAUCAGGCUGUUGAAAACCUGUGCUCGCACAAGAUCUCUGCCAAGCUCUAUAAACAGCUCAGAGUGGUCUGUGAAGAUCAUAUCAAGGCACAGAUUGAUCAGUUCAGAGAGGAUGCCCUAGACAGUGUUCUUUUUCUGAAGAAAAUAGACAAAUGUUGGCAAGAUCACUGCAGACAAAUGAUCAUGAUAAGGAGUAUAUUUUUGUUUUUGGAUCGUACAUAUGUUUUACAAAAUUCAAUGCUGCCGUCAAUCUGGGAUAUGGGUUUGGAGUUGUUUCGUUUCUAUAUCAUCAGUGACUUAAAGGUGCAAAGUAAGACAAUCGAUGGGAUUCUGCUUCUUAUCGAAAGAGAGCGGAACGGAGAGGCUGUGGACCGUAGUCUCUUGAGGAGUUUGUUAAGCAUGCUUUCAGAUCUGCAGAUUUAUCAAGAUUCGUUUGAGCAACGUUUUCUGGAAGAGACAAAUCGACUGUAUGCUGCAGAGGGCCAGAGGCUUAUGCAGGAGAGAGAGGUGCCUGAGUAUCUUCAUCAUGUUAAUAAACGUUUAGAAGAGGAGGCUGACAGAGUCAUUACAUACUUGGACCAGAGCACACAAAAACCCCUCAUUGCCACAGUAGAAAAGCAACUACUUGGAGAACACCUCACAGCAAUACUUCAGAAAGGUUUGAAUACCCUGCUGGAUGAGAACCGUAUUCAGGAUCUGUCUCUGCUGUAUCAGCUCUUCAGUCGUGUGCGGGGUGGCGUGCAGGUUCUGCUGCAGCAUUGGAUCGAGUACAUCAAGGCAUUUGGAAGCACAAUUGUCAUUAACCCAGAGAAGGACAAGACAAUGGUCCAGGAGCUUCUGGAUUUCAAAGACAAAGUCGAUCACAUCAUUGAUGUUUGCUUCAUGAAGAAUGAGAAAUUUGUAAACGGCAUGAAAGAGGCGUUUGAGACCUUUAUCAACAAACGGCCAAACAAACCUGCAGAGCUCAUUGCAAAAUAUGUGGAUUCAAAGCUCCGUGCAGGGAACAAGGAAGCAACGGAUGAGGAACUUGAGAAAAUGUUGGAUAAGAUAAUGAUUAUAUUCAGGUUCAUUUAUGGCAAAGAUGUUUUUGAGGCCUUCUACAAGAAAGAUUUAGCGAAGAGGUUACUAGUGGGAAAAAGUGCCUCUGUAGAUGCAGAGAAAUCAAUGUUGUCAAAACUGAAGCAUGAAUGCGGAGCUGCAUUUACAAGUAAACUAGAAGGAAUGUUCAAAGACAUGGAGCUUUCAAAGGACAUUAUGAUCCAGUUCAAACAGCACAUCCAAUGCCAAAAUAUUCCUGGGAACAUUGAGCUGACAGUGAACAUUCUCACAAUGGGUUAUUGGCCAACUUACAUCCCCAUGGAAGUGCAUCUCCCUCCAGAGAUGGUAAAAUUGCAGGAAAUCUUCAAGACAUUUUACCUGGGCAAACACAGUGGACGGAAACUACAGUGGCAGUCAACAUUAGGACAUUGCGUGCUUAAGGCAGAAUUUAAAGAGGGAAAAAAAGAGCUCCAAGUGUCACUGUUUCAGACAUUAGUACUGCUUAUGUUUAAUGAAGGGGAGGAGUUUUCUCUGGAGGACAUUAAACUGGCUACAGGCAUUGAGGACAGUGAGCUGAGACGGACCCUUCAGUCAUUAGCCUGUGGAAAGGCACGUGUUCUUACCAAACUCCCAAAGAGCAAAGAUGUGGAAGAUGGAGACAAGUUCUCAUGCAAUGAUGAUUUCAGACACAAACUCUUCAGGAUUAAAAUCAACCAGAUCCAAAUGAAAGAAACGGUGGAGGAACAGGCCAGCACUACAGAAAGAGUAUUCCAAGACCGUCAGUACCAAAUCGAUGCUGCCAUCGUUCGAAUCAUGAAGAUGAGGAAGACUCUUAGCCAUAAUCUUCUGGUGUCUGAGGUGUACAACCAACUCAAAUUCCCAGUCAAGCCUGCUGAUCUAAAGAAGAGGAUAGAGUCGCUUAUUGACAGGGACUACAUGGAAAGGGAUAAGGAGAACCCCAAUCAGUACAAUUAUGUUGCUUAGAAAAUAAAAAGGGGUAGAUUAGGAAUGGAAGAAAUGACAGGAGGAGUCCAUUCUCAGUAUUGUCAUUUACUUCUUUUAGUACAUGGAACUUCUUGUUCCAGUUUUUGUUCACUUUACCAUCUUCAUCCCCGUGACCAAUAACUGAAUCAGUUUUCUCAUGGAUUUGUCAGACUGUUUUUCACCCUCAGAAUGAAAUUUCACGCUAAAAACAAAAGCAACAAUUCAUAUUUAGUUUGGUAAAUUAGUUCUAAAUAAGAAUUGGAUUACCCUGAGUUUAAAAAGACAAUUAUUUAUUUUCAGACUUAGUUCCAUGGCUAUUAUUUGUCUUUGGCAUGAUGAUGUUUUUUCCAUUCGUGUUUCAUGCAGUUGUAACUUAACAUAUUUAGUUAUCACCUGUGCAAAGAAAACCAAAACCAGAUUUGUUCAGUUGGCGUUCUAUUAGGUACCAGAACAUCGAAAACAGAUUUUUUUGCCAGUUUUUAAUAAUUUUGUACAACUUAAAAGAGUUUCAGCCGGUUGGUCAUAAGCGAUUUAUGUUCUGUGAAUGUGAGUUAUUGGUAAAAAGAACAAUUGAGGCUGAUUGGAAAUUUCACAUUAUGUGCCAAGAUUAGGUAAACCGAGCACUUGUUUUGUUUGUAGGAAUGUUAACGCUGCUAAACACUAACUUGUACAUCUUCCUUUUGUUUUCCUCUCCCUGCCUAUACCUUCUCGCCUUUCUUUCUCUUUUUAUUUUGUAUAUACAUUUUACACUCGAGUUUGAUGUUUGACACUCAACUACAUUGCAGGUGAAAUCUUUCUCCAGAAACUUUGAACAAGCACAGCACUGUUUUAUCAUCCUAGUGUUUCCAAGUUCAUAUAAGUUCUCAAUUAGGCCUAUAUACUGAGAAACUCCUCUGUGUGGCAUCACUGGAUCUGUGGAAUUUUUGGAAAUGGUGUUUUGAGAAAUGAUACUUAAGUGGACAGUUGUCCAGUGUCUGGAAAAAGUAUGCUUGUUUUUAUUGCCUCAGAAUAAACAACUAUGUGUUUCCAUGA